ACAUACAUUUUUUUUCUCAACGUAAUAAACCCUAUAUAAAUACACAAGGCAUUUGUUUUUAGGAAAAUCGUAUUAUAAAGUAUCAUGUAUGCACCGCAUUCCUCUCUUUUCCCAGGACAGUUUUGCAGGGCGCAUCAAGAAAAAAGGCGUUAUGAAAAUGCGUUAACGCCUGGACCUUCUGACGUACCGUAUAACAACAAAGAUGGCGUCCUCUGCCGAUGUACACGUCCGAAUAUGUGGACAAGAGAUUGUUAAAUACGAUCUGGAAAUUAAAGCUCUUGUUCAGGAUAUACGAGAGUGCUGUGGGCCACAGGCGGUGCUGCUGGAUCUCAACUCCACUGUCAAAGAGAAGUUCAACCAGUUAAGACUGAGGAUUCAGGACAUGGAACAGAUGGCAAAAGAACAAGACCGAGAGACUGAAAAGCAAGCUCUCUUGAGUGAAACGCAAAGCCAUCGGAAGCAGAUGUUAAGUAACCAGAUUGCCUGGAGGAAGGCGAAUCUGGCCUGUAAGCUGGCCAUCGAUCAUCUGGAGAAGGAUGAACUGCUUCAAGGAGGCGACUCAGUGAGACAAAGGAAGGCCACUAAAGAGAGUUUGGUGCAAACGUCCAGUGACAUCACCGAGAGUCUGAUGAGCAUCAGUCGUAUGAUGUCACAGCAGGUGCAGCAGAGCGAAGAGACCAUCGGAAGUCUGGCGACAUCAUCGAGGACUGUACAAGAGACAAAUGAAGAGUUUAAGGCCAUGACGGGAACCAUUCAUUCGGGGCGGAAACUCAUCCUGAAAUAUAACCGGCGUGAGCUGACCGACAAACUGCUGAUCUUCUUAGCUCUCGCUCUGUUUCUGGCCACAGUGCUCUACAUCCUGAAGAAGAGGCUCUUCCCCUUCAUUUAGUGGAGA